UUGGUGUGUGUGUGUGUGUUUUUGAGUUGAUAAAAAGGGAUGAAGAAGUAAAUGCAGGCAGUUCCACAGACACAGAGGGAGGAAGACGCCUUCAGAGGACUCACUUUAGACAGACUCAGACAUGUCUGAGCCCCAGAAGCCCGCAGCCAGUGGUGAUGAGGCUGCAGCAGCCCCUGCUGACAAGAAGGAGCAAGUACCAGGUGAAGGUCCUCAGUUUUCUGAGCUGACUGGUCUGUUUGUUUUGAAGCCUGAAAGUGCCACAGCAACUAAAGGCAAGAACAUCACGUUUGUGGCUAAAGUGGAUUCCUCCAGCCUGACAAGAAAGCCAAAGAUGAAGUGGCUGAAGGGAAAGUGGCUCGACCUCGGCAGCAAAGCCGGAAAGCAUCUGCAGUUCAAAGAAUCUUAUGACAGGAACACCAAGAUCUACACCUACGAGAUGAGCAUCAUCAAAGUCGUGGAUGGAGAUGCAGGUGGAUACCGCUGUGAGGUCACCUCCAAAGACAAAUGCGACAGUUGUGCAUUCGACGUCUCUGUGGAGGCUGUACAAGACGAGCAGCAGGGCAACAUCUUGGAGGCGUUUAAGCGAUCUGGAGAUGCAGAUGAGGAUGCAGGUGAUCUCGACUUCAGCGCCCUGCUGAAGAAAAGGGAGAAGAAGCAAGAAGAACCCAAAGAAGAAGUGGAUGUGUGGGAAAUCCUAAAGGCUGCCAAGCCCUGUGACUAUGAGAAGAUUGCCUUUCAGUACGGCAUCACAGACCUGAGGGGGAUGCUGAAGAGGCUGAAGAAGAUGAGGGCGGAGCCCAAGAAGAGCGACGCUUUCCUGAGAAGGUUGGACCCUGCCUACUCAGUGGACAAGGGCAGGAAGAUCCAGCUGUCUGUGGAGGUGGCCGACCCCGACGCGCCCAUCAAGUGGCUCAAAAAUGGGCAAGAAAUUAAACCAUCAGCCAAGUACGUGUUCGAGAGCGUGGGCAACAAGAGGACACUCACUAUCAACAAGUGCAACCUGUCUGAUGAUGCUGCGUACGAGUGUGUGAUUGAGGAGGAGAAGUGCUUCACGGAGGUUUUCGUCAAAGAGCCUCCGAUCACCAUCACCAAGCUGCUGGAUGAUGUUCUCACUGUGGUGGGGGAAAAGGUGGAGUUUGAGGUGGAAGUGUCCGAGGAAGGAGCCAGUGUCAGAUGGAUGAAGGAUGGAGUUGAGCUAACCCGAGAAUUGUCAGACUCAAAGUACCGCUUUAAAAAAGAUGGGAAGAGGCACAUUUUGAUCAUUAACGAAGCAACUAAAGAGGACAUUGGAACGUACUGCGUCUUCACCAAUGGUGGAGAAUCCAAGGCAGAACUGGAAGUUGAAGAUAAAGAGCUGCAGGUUCUGCAGAGCAUCGCUGACCUGACAGUGAAGGCUGCUGAACAGGCCGUGUUCAAGUGUGAAGUGUCCGAUGAAAAUGUGACGGGGAAGUGGUUCAAAGAUGGAGUUGAGGUCCAAGCUAGUGGUCGCUUCAAAAUCACACACAUUGGAAGGACGCACAAGCUGACGAUUGACGACGUGAAGCCUUCGGAUGCUGGAGAUUACACAUUUGUUCCUGAUGGUUAUGCGCUCUCUCUUUCCGCAAAACUCAACUUCUUGGAAAUCAAGAUUGAGUAUGUUCCCCGCCAAGAUCCACCCAAAAUCCACCUGGACACCAGCAGCACAGGAAGCAGGAACACCAUUACUGUCGUGGCUGGAAACAAGCUCCGCUUUGACGUGGAAAUCACAGGAGAGCCGGCGCCCACUGUGUGCUGGAUGAAAGAAGACAAGGUGGUGUCUGAGGGUGAGGGGCGGGUCCGGGUGGACACCAGAAAGACCCUAAGCAGCUUUGUUAUCGAGGGGGUGGAGAAAGCAGAUGAGGGCCUGUAUUCCAUCAUGGUGACCAACCCUGCUGGAGAGGACAAGGCUGAGGUCUUUGUCAAGAUUGUGGAUGUGCCCAACCCUCCUGAGAGUGUCAAAUGCACAUCAGUUCAGGAGGACUCUGCGAUGAUCACAUGGGACCCACCUGCAUUUGACGGCGGAGUUCCAGUUAAAGGGUACCUCAUGGAGAGGAAGAAGGUUGGCUCAUCCAGAUGGACCAAGCUGAACUUUGAUGUGUAUGAGUCCACCACAUAUGAGGCCAAGAAGAUGAUCGAAGGUGUAUUUUACGAGAUGAGAGUGUUUGCAGUCAACAGCAUUGGCGUGUCUCAGCCCAGCGUGAACUCCAAACCCUUCAUGUCCAUUGCUCCCACCAGCGAGCCCACUCAUCUCAUGGUGGAAGAUGUGACAGACACGACCUGUGCACUGAAGUGGCGUCCUCCAGAGAAAAUUGGAGCAGGAGGCAUCAAUGGUUACAUCAUCGAGUACUGCAAAGAAGGAAGCAAUCUGUGGGUGCAGGCUAACGAGGAGCCAGUGAACAGGAACCUCUACAGGGUGAAAGGUCUCCCAGUCGGAGAGAAGAUGAUCUUCAGAGUGGUAGCCGUCAACAUCGCUGGACGCAGUCCUCCUGCUACACUUGCACAGUCUGUCACCAUCAGAGAGAUCAUGGAGACUCCAAAGAUCCGCCUGCCUCGCCAUCUGAGAACCAAACUCCUCAAGAUUGUUGGUGACAAGGUGAACCUGGUUAUUCCCUUUCAGGGUAAACCUCGGCCUGUCGUCACAUGGUUUAAAGACAGAGUGCCUCUGGAGGACAGAUCGAUUGGAAUUCGUACAACUGAUGUGGACACCAUCUUCUUCAUCCGCUCAGCAGAAAGAGUCCACUCUGGAAAGUACACCCUGUGUGUUCAGAUUGAAAACAUGUCGGACAGUGCAGACAUACACAUUCAGAUCGUCGAGAAGCCUGGCCCUCCCAUUGCUGUGCAUGUCACAGAUGUCUGGGGUUUCAAUGCUGCUCUGGAGUGGAAGCCACCCAAAGAUGAUGGCAACUGUGAGAUUAUCGGCUACACUAUUCAGAAGGCUGACAUGAAGACCAAGGAGUGGUUCACGGUCUACGAGCAUAACCGCAGGCCCAGCUGCACUGUGUCCGACCUGGUCAUGGGGAACGACUAUUCCUUUCGAGUCUUCACCGAAAACAUCUGCGGCUUCAGCAAAGAGGCUGGCGUGAGCAAGAACACCGCCUUCAUUAUGAAAACAGGGUUGGACUACAACCGUCCUCCCUUCAAAGAGAAGGACACAAGCUGUUCUCCAAAGUUCACAGCACCCCUGGUGGACAGAAGUGUGAUUGCAGGCUACACCGCCGCCAUAAGCUGUGCCGUCCGUGGUUCCCCCAAGCCAAAGAUCAUUUGGAUGAAGAACAAUAUGAUCAUUGGUGAUGAUCCCAAGUUCCUGAUGCAGAAUAACCAGGGAGUUCUUACCCUGAACAUCCGCAAGCCGAGCCUGUUCGACGGGGGCAGGUACUCCUGUAAGGCCAUUAACAGUCAUGGAGAAGACGUGGUGCAGUGCAAGCUGGAGGUCCGAGUUGCACACGAAAAAGGAGCGGAGAUGAAGAAAUGAGCGACAGCAUGAAACAGCAGAGGAUACAGCUGAACAGGAGCAGCAAUGGAUUAUGUGUAACGGGACAGUCAUGAAUAAAUAUGAUUAGAAUAGUGAGGUGAGGUUGAAAAGCCGCCUCCCCCUUAAGCUGCCGCUUUGAUGAAUGCCACAUCGGUAAUGUGCCAUAAAUUCUGCCACCUUCCUGAGAAAAGCUAUAGAGGGGUGUAGUAACCCCAGCCUGGUGCGACCACACACACACACACACACACGGAUCCUUCUUAUCUGUGAAGAGAACGUGUCAUUUAUAAAACAGCCUUU